AUAUUAUCAAUAAAAGUGAUUUGUAUGUCACAUGGACAUGGUAAUUCGUUUCGUUUAAACGUUUUAAUAUAAAUUUUUUUAACAUUUUAAAAUUAACAGAUUUCGUAUAAUUUUAAUUUUGAUUAAACAUUAUACUUGACAGUCGUUAACAGUUUAUAACAUACAUUUAAAAAUGCCAACUUCUUGUUGUGUACGUGGUUGCAAGAGUAAGGGCAAUGGUAAAAUUAAGUAUUUCAGAUUUCCUAAGGAUGAAAACCGUAGACUACAGUGGAUACAAGCACUUCAUAGAGAAAACUUUGUUCCUACAAAUAAUACUUUGAUUUGUGAAGCACAUUUUACUACUAACGAUUAUCAAAAAAGACCCGAUCUUAUUAAGUUAACAAAUAUUGCCAUUCCAAGUAUUUUCAACUGUCAGAAUAAUGAAAGACAAACUACUUUACCAAAAAAAGUGACUAUGGAUUCGGCAUUAAAAUCCUCCCGAUUGCCUGCAAGAAAACGUCAUAGUAAUUUAUCAGACCAUACGUAUGUAUUGAAACUUCCUGAGGAAUCAAUUAUAUCUGAGGAUAUAGAUUUUAAAAAAACAAUUACUCCAUCAAAAUGUGUAGCCCAUACUGUAUAUACUGAUGAAUUACGAAUGUUAGAUGUAUCCAAAUCAAAUAUACAAAUAUUAAAAAAUAUUGAAAAUCCUGGCUUUAAAAUGCCAGAAAGUUUCAAAAUAACUUUUCAACCUCCAGAAAAAAAUUGGGAAAACAUUGCGAUAACACAAAAAAAAACUAUACAUGAUUUAAGAAAAAAAGUAAAAGUUCUUCAUCAAAAAAUUAGACGAUAUGCCUCGACAAUUGAAAAUUUAAAGGGACAAUUGGACAUAAUGAUUCGUUACUAAAAUUAAAUACCUAUAAUAAAUAUGAAUAAAAAUGUUUAAAGGAUUUCAAUUGUAAAGUUGAAUUUAUCAAAAUUUAAAUCAUACCUAUAAUAUAUUACUUCUAGAACAUAUACCAAAAAUGUUGCUGUUAACAAAUUGUGAUAUACCAAAAGAAAAAAAAAAUGAUAAUCUUCUCAAAUUUAAAUUUGAAAACCUAAAGAUGGAAUUUAUGGAACGGUGGCUAGUAAUAAUUAUGUUCAAUUCCAGAUCAACAAGCAGUACUUAUGUUUGCUUAGCCACUUCAACAAACUAUAUAUCAGUAAGCUGCAAACUUCCAUAUCUGUGUGGUACAAUAUAUCAAACUUACAUGUCGGUGAUAGUGUAUUCUAUAUUAAAUAAAUUAAAGAUGCAGAAAAAGUUAAUUCGCUAAAAAGGAGUCAUAAUAUAAACGAACAGGUGAAAUUAAUGAAUAACUUAGAUAUUUGUGGAAUUUCCAAAACUGCAAAUGAAUCCCUGUUUGAUAUACUAGUGACAUUGUCAAGUUUAGUAAAUAUUAACUUAAAAGAGGAUCAUCAAAAAAGAAGAAUUAGUUAAAGAUUUCAAAACCCAAUGUAGGAUCAAACCUAUAAUUUCAACUGACUUAUAUUCAAUCUGUAUGUAUUUAAAUGAUCAACUGUUGUUGGAGAAUAUAAAAAUAUUAUGUGCUACUAAGCAAGUAGCAAGUAAAUAAAAUUACAAAUAUGUUUGGCUGAACAGCAGUGGAGUAUUUUUGAAGAAAAAAGGUGAUAUGGGCGCGCGUGUGAGUACAUUAUUGCAACUAAUGGUGAUAGAUAUUAAUAAGAGUGUUGAAUGUUUAUUAAAAUAAUACUGCAUUUGUAUAAUCUUAUUUUAAUUAUUUCUUAUUCCUUUCUCUUUUAUAAUAUUUAUUUUUGUUACUUUUAUUAUUACUAUUAUAAAUACUAAUUUAUAAAUUUUACUAAUUAAUUUGAAAAAAAUACUUACAACUGACUUAAAUAUUAAACACCUUGUUAUAAGUGGUGAUAUAAACAUACAUAUUAUAUUAGACAAUUCUAAUAUUGUUAAUAACUAUUGAGAUACAAUGGCUUGUUUUAAUCUGAUCUCAUGUAUAAACAAUUACACAAGAAUAUCAAUUAACUUCAAAUCUUGUCUUGAUCAUAUAUUUAUUAAUAAUCAUAAAAAAAAUUUAGUUGAAUCUUACAUUAUUAAAUAUAUUAAAUACACCACAACUGUCAAUUAUACAACAGUUUUAAAUCUCUGCUAUAUUUCACCUGAUAAAAAUACUAUUUAUAAUUUCUUAAAGUACUAAGUUCCUAUCUAGUAUUAUUCAACAGAACACAGUUAAAAUGAAUAAUACCUAUAGCAAUUAUUUAAUAGUAACUAGGUUACUGGUAACAAGGUACAGCCUGGGAACAUUAUUCUUCAUAAUAUUUAUUAAUGACUUAUUUGACUUAAUGCUUAUUGCUAAAAUAAUUUGUUUUGCAGAUGACACUGUUAUAUUAAUCCCUGAUAAAUCAUACAAUGCACAAUAAUAUAAUAUAUAAUAUAGUAACUAUAUUUUAGAACAAACAUGAUUGUAAACCAUAGAAAAUCAUGGUUCGAUAUUAAUUUAUUGGAACUAAACCUAAACAAAACUAAAUAUAUGCACAAUGCACUUCAUAAUUAAUAAUACUAAUAGUAACAAAAAUGAAGAAAAAAUAUACGUUUAUUCAUCUUUUUGUAAAUACUCCAACUGUGAAAUGGAAUGUAUUUUAUUAGCAGAAGUUGAUAACAUUAAAUACCUUGGGUUACAUUACGUUAAUAAAUUAAAAUGGUGUACUCAUAUAAACUGUUUAACAAAAAAUAUUAGAAAAUUCUUUUGUAUUCUAAAAGAUAUUAGAUAUAUUAUAUAUAUGUAAUACACUAAUACACAACAUAAAUGUAUUAUAUAUCUAUCAUUAAUACAAUCAAUUUUAAAUUUUGGUAUUGAAAUCUGGCAUUCCACUUAUUCUAAAUAUAUAAGAAAUUUAAAAAGAACAACCAGAGCCGUAGCAAUGUUCAUUUUCGCUCCUGGCCAUUUAACAUAUCCGCCCUUGUAAAAAUUAUUUACCCCCUCCCUCGCCCACGUACUUACACACAUAAAAGAUUUAUACAUUCGUUAUUUUAUUUUAUUUUUAUUAGCUAUUAUAAUAAUUAUUAUAUUUAUUAACAAAAAAAACACUGCCAAACUUAUUAUAGCCUUAUAUAAUAAUUUAAAAAAUAAUUAUACUUUUAUACAUUUCAAAAUUUCAAUUUUUGUGCUUUUUUAGUAACAAAUUCAUCUAUAAUAUUUUCAAAAUAAAUUUUUGAAGCCAAUUCACGUUCAAUCGAUAUAAUACUCAUAUUAGUCAAUUUUUCCUGUGACAUUGUAGACCUUAGAUAGUUUUUAAUAAUUUUACUAAAAUUUCUUCCUCAAGUGUUUCCUUUCAUGGACUGAUACAAAAAGACUAAAUAUUAAAAUAGGAGUAGUUAUCUACCACCCAUAAAUAUGAAUAAAUUGAUGAAGGUCAUUUAAAUAUAAAAAUAAAACAUUUAGAAUCCUAAUUUUAAAUUAAACAUGCAACUAUGAGUUAAUAAUAAUAAUCGAUUUUGAAAAUCAUUAUAUUAACAAUUACACAAAACAAAACACAUUAUCGGCAACUAACAGUUCUUAAAAUAUCAUUCGGGCACUCAGUGUCUCGAUGUUAUAUUAUAAUGAUAUAUUAUUUUGUAAACACUUGUAAAUUGUAAUAUUUUUGUACACAAUACGCCAUAAUAAAGUACUAUAGCGUAGCUAUUCUAGUAUAAUUAUUUUGCCCAUAUUCUAAAUAAAAUUUAUGUUAUUAAUAAUUGGUAUAAUAUAUAGUAUAUUUUAUUCUGGAUUUUGCGCCCCUUUUUUCGUUGCGUCCCCGGCCUGGGCCAGUUUCUCCAAGCCCUAGCUACGGCUCUGAGAACAACUAAUAGACUGAUUAAAUAUAUACUAAAUAACCCAUCAAUUAAUAAAUAUAUCAUUCAUAACAUCUUAAAAAUACAAAAUUUUAAAAAGUGAACAUUAACAAAUAUAAACAUUUACUUAUACCAACAAAUUAUGACUAUCGUACAAGAUACCAAAAAAAAGAAAAUGUUGAUUUGACUAAGUAUAAAUAUAAAUCCAAUUUUGUUAAAAUGAAUCCAUUAUAUGUUAGAAUUAUUUAUAAAACAUUCGAACUUUUAUAAAAUUUGUGUUGUAUCCAAUACAUAAAUUUUUUAUUGUAUAAAAACUUUAUUAAUAAAUUAAUAUUACAAAUGUGUGAAUCAUAUAUUUUAGUUUUAAAUUCUAUUAAUAUUACUUUUAUUGAUAUUUUUUGUUUUCUAUUAUCUGUUUGGGCCAUAUACAUAUUAUGUCUAUGGUUUGGGUCGCAUCAACAUUUUUAUUUUAUAUAAUAAGAUUGUAUAAUUUCUUAUCAGAUUUAAUUUAGGUUACUAAUUAUAAUUAUUAUAAUUUUAUGUAGCAAACCUACUUAAUAAUAAUUAAAUAAAUUAAUUGAACUUCAAAACCCCACAACAAGCAUUAGCUUAUAGGAGAGGGGUUUAGUAACCUUAAAUGUAAAAGAAUAGGUAUGUUCAAUGUAUAUAUUUUGGUUACAAUAAAAUAUUAUUAUUUUAUUAUUAUUACAAUUCAGACUGGAUAAUAAUUGUACAUAGUAUAUUAAAAUAGUUUUUCCCCCCAAAAAUCUUAUUAUAAAUUAUGUUAUUUUAUAAUUAUAAAAUAUGUUACCAUUAGAAUGAAGGCAUUUUUUAUUUUAUACCCAAGUAUUUUUUUUAAAAAUUUUUUUGUAAUUCCUACUCUUUGGUACUUUAAAAAAAUGUAAAAGUAGUUUAUACAACCAUAUUUUGAAGUAGAAUACAUUUUAUAAGUUAAGAUUUAAUAGUGUGUUGUAUCUUGUAUGCAUAAGUACAGUAGAAUCUCGGUAAUCCGGCCGUUCGAUAAUUCGAUACGUCCAGUAACCCUACUAUAUUAAUCUAUAUGUAUCAAUAUGUAUUGUAUUUGUAUAUAAAGUUAUAACUUUAUACUAUCGUAAACGAUAAAACUAUAAGUAAUAACAGAUUAAAUCCGAAUAAACCUAUUAGAUACUUUAUUUUUAUUCAGUUAACGUUGAAGUACAAUAAGAUUAUUCAUUUUUUAAUUUUUCAAUAUUUAAAAAUGCGUUUUUAUUUGAACCCUCAUUAAUUCGCUGUUUUUGUUAAUCCGACAGUAGCGUUAGCGUGGUCUGAUAUCUGUCGGAUUACCGAGAUUCUACUGUAUGAAUUUAUUGGAGUGGUACUUAUUACAUAUAACAUGUGUACUCGUACAUAAUUUUUUAGAAGCCAUGCGAGAAUGUGUAAUUUUUCUAUUAUAAAAUGUGAAACAUUUUUUUUUUUA